AGUCGCCAAUAAUAGAGCAGGCAUAUCGGGCCGAUUUACGCACUGACUUAUGUUCGUCUGAAUUUCUGAUUACUUACGCCGCUAUGCAGAAGAAGAAAGCUUCCGCUUCCCCUCCAGCAAUGGUUUUUCAACGAAGACCACCACGACAAACUCUCCAUAGAUCACCUUCAUCACAGCAAAAUAAGGGGACAGACGAUUUCAAUACAACACACUUACAGGCUUUCCAGUGUGAAGCACAAAUGCCACUGGGUAAGACGCCUGUCCAAGAAAAGACACCUCAAGGACAACCCCGCCUCCCGGAUCAACAACAGUUCUACCAUGGCCAAAGACCCAUAAGAAUUCCAAGACACCAAAACCCAAACAAUCCUCCAAUGUACGCUUCACCUCCAGGAGGUCCCAUGGCAGUACAAAUGAUAGGACCAGGGCCCCCGCCCUUCAUCCCCCCAGGGCAAAGCCCACAGUUUAUUCCACGACAUGUCGAGUACACCCAAAUUCCAAUGGGUGUUCCGCCUCAGAUGGAAUACAGACCUCAGCAAGCAAAGCAAUUUCCGCCUGUAUCUGGCCCUGAUAUCGAGAGCGAGGAUAGCGAGAGCAAGGAUAGCGAGAUGGAACAAUACAGACCUCAGCAAACAACGCAGGGCCAAUAUACACCUUUAUCUGGUCCUUCACAGCCACAAGGACCGGACGGCUAUCCGCAGACAACAGUUUAUCCCAUGGGACAGCCCUCACCUCCUGUUUAUAUCGUCAGAGCUCCCACUGCUCCCAUGAUUGGAGUGCCAGAGUUUGAAACUCAAAAUUUUGAGUGUCGUGCACGGGAGAGAAAAAUAAUCCAGAUAAAAGAUCCCAAUUAUAACGAAGAUGUGGAACAGGAAAUUCUAAAUCGUCAACCAUCGGGGAGUUUAACAGGCCGUACCGGUGGCUCCACAAAUAAUUCUUCCCCAGAUAUCUCAGAGCAGUCUGGUAGCUCAAGGACACCGUCUCUGUUGGUAGAACAGAACGUGAAUGCCCAAUUUGCAGCGCAGGUCGCUACAUUAUUAGCCAAGGAUAUCGAGAGCGAGAACAGCAAGAGCGGGGAUAGCGAGAGCAAGGAUAGCGAGAUGGAACAAUACAGACCUCAGCAAACAACGCAGGGCCAAUAUACACCUUUAUCUGGUCCUUCACAGCCACAAGGACCGGACGGCUAUCCGCAGACAACAGUUUAUCACAUGGGACAGCCCUCACCUCCUGUUUAUAUCGUCAGAGCUCCUAGUGCUGCCAUGACUGGAAUGCCAGAGUUUCAAACUCAAAAUUUUGAGUGCCGUGCACGGGAGAGAAAAAUAAUCCAGAUAAAAGAUCCCAAUUAUAACAAAGAUGUGGAACAGGAAAUUCUAAAUCGUCAACCAUCGGGGAGUUUAACAGGCAGUACCGGUGGCACCAGAAAUAGUUAUUGCGCAGAUUUUUUAGAGCAGUUUGGUUCAACUUUAGGGAGAAUUACGCUACAACAGCUAGAGGUGCCUUGGAACAAGUGGUCCGCUGAAAGAAGUGUAGAAACCAGUGUCGAAAAUCGACAUGAGGAUGCAGCUCAACCAUUAACGAAUGCCACAAGGUCUGCUGCAGGUAGCAAAGUUGCUGAGGAAGUUGAUCAGCAAGUUGCCAAACCCAAGUCAACAGCUGAAGCUUCUGAAGGGGAGGUUCGAUCAGUAACUGUCAGGGACGCUUGUUAUGUAGGUGACAUAGAGAAGUACGGUGUUAUUAAGAACCCUAUUGACACACACACAGCAGUACCUCCAGAGAUUGUUGUAAGAGGACGUCUGGCUUUGGAAGCCUACAACAAGGCCCUAGCUGAAGGAAAGACGUUCGACAAGAGGGUGCCAGUCAUGUUGAUUGGACAAGAUCGGUCAGGAAAGACCAGCUUAAAGAAGUCACUCAGGGGAGAGCCUUUUAACCCAAAUGAAAAGAGCACUGUAGGGAUAGAUGUUGAUCCUUCUCAUUUCCAAGUCUCAACUGAGAUUUGGAAGGCAGGGGAGAAGGACCAAGAAACAAGUUCGAAGACAUCUGUUUCCUUUGAGUACCAUGCAGCGCGAGUCACUGUUGAAAAUCUGAGGCAGGAAAAGAGCGUUCUGGCGGAAGAGAUUCCCAUGGGUGCCACAGUCCUGGCAAGCAAUGAUUUUAUUUCAGAAUCUCCAGCUUCAUAUAGCUCUGGUUCAGAUGGGUCUAGCACAAGUAGCCAAGACCCACGAUCUCAAGCAACCUCAUCUAGGGACUCAGAACUAAGGAGCAACAUAUCACAGAUACCAAAAGUUAUAGAAAAUGAGAUGUUAAAGAGAAUGCAAAACGACCAUACAAUGGAAGACGAAGAAGGCAUAUAUUCAGUUUUGUGGGACUUUGCUGGACAAUUAGUUUACUACGCAACACACCCACUUUUUCUUACUUCUAGAGCGAUCUAUCUUUUAGUUAAUGACCUUAGCCAAAAUCCCUCUGAAGCAGCCAAACCUGUUGUGAAGCAAGGAGUGUACAGAAAAUUUGAAGAUAGCUUUGGAAUGAAGACUAACAUGGACUAUUUAGACUUCUGGUUGUUUUCUAUCGCUUCUCUAACGUGUCAAAACGAACGUGAGCCGAUAGGUUCUGAUUCUGAGGUUUUGCCAGAGAAACUUCCCCCAGUUCUUUUAGUUUGCACUCAUGCUGAUAGGCCUUAUGAUGGUGGUGACCCUGGUACACUGGCCGGUGAGUUAUUUGGGUCUCUACAGACCAAGCCAUACAAAAUGCACUUGCAUGAUGUCUUUGUUGUGGAUAACACCAAGUCAGGUCUUGAAUCCGAAUGUCCAGAAGUCGUUCGCUUGCGAAAUGAAGUUCUUGCCAUUGCCAAGGAGCUGCCGCGGAUGAAAGAAGCCAUUCCAAUCAAGUGGUUAAAGUUUGAAAAGGAACUUCAAGCCGCGAGCAAAGAGGGUCACAAAUGGAUAUCCCUUGAAACUGCAACAAAUAUUGCGUCUGAAAAGUGCAAUGUUGUGGAUAGUAAAGAAUUCAAGACAUUACUGAACUUUUUGCACGACAAAAGAAUUUUGAUUCACUUUGAUGACACUCUAGAGCUGAAUGAAUUGGUUGUCUUGGACCCACAGUGGUUGAUUGAUGUGUUCAAGAAGGUAAUAACUGUCAGGCCUUAUGACCGUAAAAGCAAAAAAUUCACGGAGCUUUGGUGCAAGCUUGAGAACAAGGGAAUCCUGGACGAAAAACUUCUGGGGCAAGUUUGGGGUCCUUUGUUUGACGACAGAGCAACAUGUGAGAGACUUCUUCAAAUCAUGGGGAAAUUUAGCUUGCUUUGUCCUUGGCCUUCAUCCGAGUCUCCAUGUGAUAAGCAGUACCUGGUGCCAUGCAUGUUGAGGACGCAUCCACCAGAGGAUAUCAUGAAGUUGGUAGAGGUUGCAUCGAGUCAAAUUCCUCCUCUGUUUCUUAAAUUUGAAUCUAGGCAAGUUCCGCCUGGCCUGUUUCCUCGACUCGUGCUGUUGUUCUUGCAGUGUGGCAAAAAAAUCUUUUUGAAUCCAGGAAGAACUAAGCUGUUCCACAAUUUUGCCAGAUUUUUCACCUCUGAAGAAGAAAACUGGUCUGUUAUCCUUCUGUGCCUUUCAUCUUCCAUAAAAGUUGUUGUUCACAGAGAGAAUCCCAUUCACGAGUCAGGAGUAGAGAGCCCACUGUCAAAGAUGACUUUGUCUGCGGAUGCUAGCUAUGACACUUCUGAUGUGACCUUUCCUUGCAAAGUGUUUAGACAGCUGGGAACGAUACUUGAGUCAAUGCGCAAGGAAUUCUGCUGGCUAAAGUGUAUGAGAUAUGAAGCAAGUUUCAUCUGUCCAGUCUGUUGUCAAGGAGGUGCUGUUGGCUACUGUGACACUCAUCAUGUACAAGGUUGCAAGCAGGAGGAAUGCCUGCACUUCUGGUCCCAGUCUCAGUUGUACAAUGCCAAAAGGGUUAUCUCUUGUACCAAGUCAGUUGCUGCGGUCAAUACCAGAGUUCAGAUUGCUCAGUUUGCGCCUUGGUCCACAACUCUAAGAAAUCAGCUAACAACUGAUCAACACGAUGGGGACAAUUUGGCUUCUGUGGAAGGGAGUGAAGCGAAAGCCCUUGUUCUCUCUUCUGGUGUUUUAAAGUCCCUUCAAACGACUUGUGAUGCUGCAGAUGUUGUUGCUCUACUACCCGAGAGUUUAAAGUUAGACAAAGCAACAUUAGCAGAUCCAGGGCCUGAAAAAACGCGGUUGAUCCGUUCCCUUUCGAUGGAAGCUAAAAGUGCGAACAGACUUGAUGUAGUAGAGCACUUGAGGCAAAUAACUCCUGCUGGAACUACAGGUCCACUGUUACCUGAAUGCCUUGAUGUAAAACUUGUCUCACAAAGCCAGCUCAGAAAGCUAACAAUCAACUUGUGCGGUGGAGAAGAAUGGAAGCUACUUGCAGAGAAACUGGGCUUGAGCCCAGCCGAGAUUCGUUUCCUUGACAACCGAACUAGGAAUCCAUGCAUCGAGCUUCUGUCUCAUAUUCGAAAUGAACGUUUUAUAGACGUGGGCACACUUUACGAUGCUUUAGUCGAAUGUGGGUUUCCAAUGUUGGCUGACAUGCUGUAAAAAGUAUGUAAUGUAGAAUAUGAAGUCAUGAACACAUUGAACAAGAAGAGAGAAGUCCGUACGAUAGAUAACAACAAAACACUCAAAUUUGACUCACUUUAAAUGUUGUAUGUGUAAAUUAUUAAGUGUCUUGAUUCCCUACAUAUUGUGAGGGUUGUAUUUAAAGCCAUAGAUCAAUUACAGCUCUAGAUAAUUUGACUAGUGCAAUAUUACAAAUCAACGGGCCUGAUGAGUGUUUUUCGUAAUCAACACACGAUCAGUGAAUAUUAGAACCUGCGAUUGGCACAGACUGAGUUCUACGAUCCCUCCCCUGGGAUAUGAAAUACAAAACAAUAUCUACAGAACACCGGAAUAUAAGCCCGCGGUGCUUUAUUGUUGGUGGGAAUAUAUCUGUGGAAGAUGCGUCAGAUGUAUUUUUUCUCUGAUUAUUAAGAAAGGGUUUAAAAGAAAAAGCUUUAGUAGGGGAAUAAUAAAAUUAUCUCUUUUCUUAGUACUCGCCGAAUUUUUAAAAGUAGUGAAGUGACGUGUAAUAGGUUUUAAAAAUGGUAAUUCUAUAGUUUACAUCCUUGUAAUAGAGUAGAAUUUUUUGUACUAAAUGAGCAGUAUGCAAUGUAUUCAUGUAGUUAUGCGGUUUGUAGGCGGGUUAAUAAGCCAGGCGGGAUAUUACAACAGCACGAGAAAACUUUGA